UCGUAUAAAAACAACACACUUCGGGACAUCUAUUUACCUGUCUUGUCAUUCAGACGAAGACCAUCACAGCAAACUAAAGCAAUCUUUCACCAACAGCUUCCGGAAGACCAUACAAUCACCAGGCAUCAUGUCUCGUGUCAGCGUCCUAGUCGGCGGUAAGUGGGCGCAAGUGAUGAUGGAUCCCAACGCCAACGUGGGGCAGGUGGGGCAGAGCGCCAUCGCCCUCUGUGGACGCCCCGCGCAGUUGAAGUUCAAGAUGAGACGCUGCUCCGACGGCGCGCCCUUGGGUCUGGACGAGCCCGCCAAGAAAAUGCUGCGUAAUAACGACUUCGUCGACCUCGUGAUGGAGGGAGAGAACUGGUCGCUCCCAGCUGUUCCAGUGUUCGCUGAUGCACAAAGAUCCUGGGUGGAGCCAACUGAGUACCUCUCUAUGGAUGGGGAAAGUCUGACCACGGAGGACCUGGUGAGGCUCAGCAAAGGAAAUCUGAAGAUCAAGCUUACACAAGAGGCUGAGAAGAAAGUCUGUGACUCCAGGGCUGUAAUCGAUCUGAUCAUCAAGGAGGGCCGAGUUGUGUACGGAAUAAACACUGGCUUUGGGAGGUUUGCUGACACAGUCGUCUCACCCGAUGACCUCAAGAACCUGCAGGACAACCUCAUCCGGUCACAUAGUGCGGGUGUUGGUGACCCCCUGACUCCUGAGAGAACCCGGAUGCUUCUGGCUCUCCGCAUCAACGUGCUAGCCAAAGGAUUCAGUGGCGUUUCUAUGGAAACCCUCAACGGAAUCAUAGACGCGUUCAAUGCAUCGUGCCUGUCGUGGGUCCCUGAGCAGGGCACAGUGGGGGCGUGUGGUGACCUGGCUCCUCUGGCUCACCUCUGCCAGGGGCUGAUGGGAGAAGGACUCAUGUGGUCCCCACAGAGCGGAUGGGCCCCCGCCAAAGAUGUGCUGCAAGGCCAUGGCCUGAAGCCGAUCAUCUUGAAAUCGAAAGAGGGACUGGCUCUCAUCAACGGUACCCAGAUGAUCUCCAGCCUGGGAGCGGAGGCGCUGGAGAGAGCUCAGGCCAUCGCACGCCAGGCCGACAUCAUCGCCGCCCUCACCCUCGAGGCACUCAAGGGCACCAGCAAAGCCUUCGACAAAGAUAUCCAUUUUGUGAAGCCUCAGCCUGGUCAGAUGGAGGUGGCUUUCCGCUUGCGCUCUGUGACACACUCUAGCGUACAUCCCUCUGGAAUUACAGGUUCUUAUGAGCGUGUGCAGGAUGCCUACACAUUGCGCUGCUCUCCUCAGGUUCAUGGGAUUGCCAAUGACACCAUUGCGUUUGUGAAGAACAUCAUCACCACUGAGCUCAACAGUGCUACAGACAAUCCACUGGUGUUUGCUGAGCGUGGAAUCACUAUUUCUGGAGGAAACUUUCAUGGGGAAUAUCCAGCAAAGGCUCUGGACUUCCUGGCCAUAGGGGUGCAUGAGUUGGCCAGCAUCAGUGAGCGCCGCAUCGAGAGGCUCUGCAACCCCAGCCUGAGCCAGCUGCCCGCUUUCCUGGUCAAAGACGGAGGGCUCAACUCUGGAUUUAUGAUCGCACACUGCACUGCUGCUGCCCUAGUGUCGGAGAACAAGGUGCUGUGCCACCCCUCGUCUGUGGACUCCCUGUCCACCAGUGCAGCCACUGAGGACCACGUGUCCAUGGGGGGAUGGGCAGCACGCAAGGCCCUCAGAGUGGUGGAGCACGUGGAGAGGGUGUUGGCCAUUGAGCUGCUGGCUGCCUGCCAGGGUCUGGAGUUCCACCGGCCUCUGAAGACCACGGCUCCCCUGGAACAGGUGCACAAGCUGGUGCGCUCCGUCGUCAGGCCUUGGGACAAGGACCGCGCCAUGAGCCCUGACAUCGAGGCCGCACACAAGCUCCUGAGGGAGGAGAAGGUGUGGGAGGUUGUUAGGCCUUUUGUGGAGCAAUACGCACGCACAGAAAAAAAGUAACCACCCACAAUACGCAAUGCCUUGGGUACGUAUGUUUGAUGUCUACGCACCGACUUCCCAGGAUCUCUGCAAAGACCAGUGAUGUGCAAUCUUCUGUACUUAUACCAGACCGCACCUGGGAUUUGGCCAAAUUUGCUUCUGCAUUUCUGUGUUUCUAUUGCAAUAACUGUUGUUACCGUAUUACAAUAACUGUACUAAUAGUAUGGUGGUCAACACAAUAUGGGAUUGAUUUGAUAGAAUAAUAUAUUUUUCUCAUUGACUGAUUGAAUGUGUUUUAUUAGUUAAAUAAAUAUAGCUAUGAAAUAAAUAAGCAACAGAAUAGUACCAACAAAUCAUACCAAAUAGUGCCAUAAAACCACUUAUGUUUCCAAAACUACAGACUUGAAAAAUAAUAUGAAAUAUAAUAUAAUAUAAAAUGAUAUUUUUAUGGAACCUUGAGUCUGUAAUU